AUGGGAAAAAAGAGCGAAUUCAAGAAAUCUGAGCUUCUUCAGGUUCUCAGCUCGUCCGUAUCGCUAAAGGAGAAGAAUAAAGCGGUCAAACUGCUAAAAAAGUUUGAUCCAAAUCCGAGGAAGCACCUGGAUUCGUCAUUUCAAACCUCUCAGGCCACCGUUGCCAAGUACAGUUCGCUUCAGUCGUUCCUGUCUCUAGACCUAAACAGGUGA